AUGGACUUAACAAAACAUCGUCAAAUAUUAAAUGAAGAACUACAUCUUAUUAUUAAUGAUUAUAAUCAAUUUAAACAAAUAUUUAAUGAACAAAAACCGAGCUCGCAUGAUCUUUCUUUAAUAGAUCAAAUUAAUCAAUGGAAAAUAGAUUCAAUUAACAAAAUUAAGCAAAAAGCAAAAGAUUGCAUUGAAACUGUCAUUAAAUGCUCACAAACAUUUUUGAAUGAUAUUGAAAAAAGAUUUAAUGAUCUAAAUGAACAAAUAAAACAAUUUCAGAGAGAAAAUGAAUUUAAUGAGAUUAAUUUAAACUAUUUAAGAAAUCAAUUAAGAAAAAUUAAAGAAGAAUUAAAUAAUCCACCAAAGACUUCUAUUGAACAAGAUUGUCAACCAUUUACUAAUGAAAUUUCAAUUAUUCCAUUAGAAAAAAAACCAAAAUUCAAUAAUUGGAAUCAAAAUGCCAUCACUGUGGCUGGUGGAAAUGGAUAUGGAGAGAAUUUAAAUCAACUUAAUUGCCCUGUGGGAAUCUUUAUUGAUAAAAAUAAAAAUAUAUUCAUUGCUGAUUGUUCAAAUCAUCGUAUUGUUGAAUGGAAACAUAAUACAACGGAAGUACAAAUCAUUGCAGGUGGAAAUGGUAAAGGAAAUCGAAUGAAUCAAUUGAAUUAUCCAACAGAUGUGAUUGUUGAUCGACAAAAUCAUUCGAUCAUCAUUGCCGAUUGGCAAAAUAGACGAGUAGUUCAAUGGGUGAAUCAAAAUCAACAAAUUCUCAUUGACAAUAUUGACUGUGGUCGCUU